AUGUCACCUGAUCAAUUCGAUUACUUACAUGGCCUUGUAGGCUCCCUUAUUCAAAAGAGCCAUAAAAGUCGUGAUGUCAUUAGUUCAAAAGAACGAUUAGCGUUGACACUUCGCUAUUUAGCAUCAGGAGACAGUCCACGAAGUUUGUCUUUCAGUUAUAGAAUAGGAGUGACAACUGUACACAGAAUUAUUUCGAAUACCUGUUUGGCAAUUUGGAAUGCUCUUUUGUCAAAAGGAUAUUUGAAAGCUCCCAGUUCACCGUAUGAGAGGUUAAAAAUAGCUGAUGAAUUCAAAAGAAUCUGGAACUUCCCUAAUUGUUGUGGGGCCAUUGAUGGCAAGCACAUAAAAAUACAAGCACCAGCAGGAUCAGGGAGUUUGUACUAUAAUUAUAAAUACUGGCAUAGCAUUGUUCUCAUGGCUAUUGCUGCAGCAGACUAUUCAUUCAUAUUAGUUGACAUUGGCGAUAAUGGUCGUCAUAGUGAUGGAGGGCCAGAAGUGUUGUUGAAAAUGCAUUUGGCAUUGCUGCCUCAAGAUUUCGAAUAUUGA